GGGGGGUUUAUAAGCCUUGUAAGAGUUGGGAGAGAAACAAUGGGAUUCAUGUAACCAGCAUGACUACAUCAUUUUUACGUUUCCAGAACCUGAUCUUAACUUCACUGCUAUUGACAGGCUUUGUUUGCCAGGGCAAGUUGACCUGUAAAGAGGGGCACAGUGGCCCCACCUAUGAGUCUAUGCAAGAAGUAUUUGACAAGAAGUCAUUCAGGCCCGCUGUCAACCUCAGUAACCCCACCAUAACCAACAUCUCCUUCACCCUCUAUGCCGUGCUGGGCGUGGUAAGCAACGCAGAGAGAGUGCUAGUGAAUCGAUCUCAUGAUAAUGCACGGAAUGAGAAGACUCAGAUCCUCACUACUUUUCUUUGGCUGAGAUUGUACUGGCACCAUGAGUUCAUGGUGUGGGAGCCUAAUGAGUGUGAUGGUGUGACCAGGAUUUCAAUCCCGGUGAAUCAGCUGUGGUCUCCAGACAUCAUCGUCUAUGAAUUUGUGGACGACGAUGUCUCCCAGGCCUGUCCGUACGUCUACCUCAACCACACGGGACACAUCCGCUGGGACCGCAUGCUGAGGCUGGUGUCCUCCUGCAACCUGGAGAUCUUCAGCUUCCCCUUCGACGUCCAGAACUGCACCUUCACCUUUGGCUCUUACAUGCACACCAUAAGGGACGUGAGGGUGAGUCCGGCCCUGACCUUUGAGGCCAUGUCCAUUAAUUCCAAGAACUACCUGGAGGCCAGUGGGGAGUGGGAGCUGGUGGUAAUCCUGGGGGAAACGUCCAUCCUCAAGUUCGGCGUUGAUGAGUGGGACAUCAUCACCUUCUGGGUGGUGAUCAAGCGGCGCCCGAACCUCUACGUGGUCAACCUGCUCAUUCCCAGCUCCUUCCUGAUGCUCAUCGACAUCCUGUCCUUCUACCUACCCCCGCACAGCGUGGACCGCGCCUCCUUCAAGAUGACCCUCAUCCUGGGCUACACCGUCUUCCUGCUCAUCAUGAACGACCUGUUGCCCAGCACCGCCAACGGCACGCCCAUCAUAGGUAUCUACUUCUCGGUGUGUCUGGCCCUCAUGGUGAUCAGCCUGUUGGAGACGGUGAUCAUCACCAACGUGCUCCACCACAACUCCAUGAAGUACCGCGAGGUCCCCCGCUGGGUGCGAGUGCUGGUCCUCCAACACAUCGCCAACCUCAUCUGCUACCGCUGGCCGGAAGGGAUCCGCCCCUCCGCCUGGCCGUCCAAUCACAAGGCGGACGAGCCUGAGAGCGACGCAGGGGUCUGCGUGGUCCAAACGAUCACACCCUCACCCGCCCCGCAGGAAGCCAGCCGCGAUGCUGAGAGAGCAGGUUCCUCGGUGGCGAUGGACGGUCAGGAGCUCCGUCAGAUCUGCCAGGACGUGGGCACCCUGCGAGCCCACCUCACGGCCCUGCAGAAGGAGGGCGAGCUGCAGGACGUGUGGUGUCACGUGGGCUACGUGCUGGACUUCCUGCUCUUCCGCAUCUACCUGCUGCUCAUCAGCUUCUACGCUCUGGUCAUCAUCUACAUGUGGUGCAUCUGGGUCGCCCAGACGUGAGAGCGAGCGUGCACGGCUCAACGUGCACGUUGGGCAACCGGGGGGGGGCGGGUCGGUCACAUGGAAUGGAGAAGGAUUGGGGAUUUCACAUGUUGUAAAAAAGGGGGAUUUCAGAGCAGUUAUGUUAAUUAUUGGAUCGAGUAGAGCUAUUCAACUUCACUCGAUAUGACUGUAGCUGUCUGGUUAUUUAUGGGAAUCUCUUGAAUCAUAAUGCAAUCGUAGAUGGUAACUUGACCGCAUUUAUAUCGGGCUUUUUGAAACCCGUGGCCACUUAAAAGUGCUUUAAAACGAUUGCCUCACUUUUCACCAUUGCAUACACAUUCAUACAACCACGGUCAUAAAAGGCAACAGCCAUCUUUUCGGGAGCAGAUGGGGUUAGGUGCCAUGCUCAGGGACAGAGGUAUGUUUUGUUACAGUAAGCAUUACCUUCCUCAGAAGAAUAUACCAAGCAUCAUAUAACGGAGUACUGCGUUGAUGUUAUUUUGUGCAUAUGUACCGGUUCUAUGACCUGAUUAUUAUAACUGUUUUAUGCUCCCCAACACGGAUUAAAAGCUAUUCAAAGUGACUUGGAUUUUGGCAGUAAAUGUUGACUAAUUGGUCUGUCCAACGACGAUAUUGUAUGUAUGAUUCUAAUUUUGGAAAAUUUUCAAAAAACUGAUCCCACAACAUUAACAGUCAGGGCAGUCUUUAAUUCUCAACACUGUUACAGAACAAAAGCCAAAUGAACACGUUAUAAUCAAAAUAAAAGCAUUCAUCAAUUGUAUUUACAAUAUAUUUUCUCUUAGUGCACUUCACAUCCUUGUACAAAAGGCAGGCCGAUGAACUCAGAAUCCACCCCAGCGAAGAGGAACAGAUUUAACUCUUUGUUCAGUGAAUUGUUAGUACAGUGCUUUUAAAAGCAGCCAGUUAAGACUAAACACGCAGACAGGUUAGAGCACUGUUCUGGUAUAAUAGACAUCUAUGGUGUCGGUGGUCCAGUUAUUGGGCAAAAACCUCCAGUCGGUUCCAUUAGAGGGGGGAUAGUUUCCCUAGCUGAUACAAUUCAAACAAGAUUAGUUACAAUCCCUGAUCUAAAGACUACUGACGUAUGUAUAUAAAAAAAGAACUGUUGUAAUGUAUGGUUGUUAUCAUUAGCAAAUGCUUAUAAAAAAGGACACUCAUUCUGGACAAAGUUUAGUAUUUUGGCCAAUGAAAAUGUAUUGUUAAUCAUCUGUCGAAGAUAAAAAUCACUUACAAUUGGAAUUACUUAAUUUCACAUCUCCAUGUAUUCAAUCUCAAUUUAAUCAGUCAUUUUCAAAUAAAUCUCCAAAAAUGAUAUUACUUUGGUUACACAAAACAUCUUACGGAACGUGAAUUUGAGUCUCCUGCCAAGGGGUGAAUUAUUGAAUUUGGUUGUGCCAUCCCAGGUAAACGUCUGUCUGGUUUUAAUAAGAGACACGAUUAAAAGCCCUGAAUUAGUCUCCCUGCUCAACACUCUCCUCUAGAACAUAAGAUCAGUGCAAAUAAGAACUACAUGUUAAGAUGAGUGGUCCCACACAAAAUCAAGUUAAAUGUUACAUUCUCAAAUCAGAUAAGUGCAAAUUAUUGGUGCACAGCAAGUACACACACACACACACACACACACACACACACACACACACACACACACACACACACACACACACACACCCCGUCUCUCCAAUUUCAUUUGAAUGAAAAAAAGGAAAACAUUUGUACUAAUCCGCCGAUUGUGCAUGAAUACUUUCAAAGUUUACCUACAUUAGCUACCAGAGGCACGUUAGCGUGGCUAAAAACCCACUAAAAACCAAGACAAAAAGCAACGGUAAAAGGAAAGAAAGAAACGACACCCUUACCCCGACACCUUCAAAAUAAAACGACUUGGAACACAUUGGGCACGACCCCCAAAACAACUGCACCUAAAUAAGAAGGGAGGUUCGGACUUGGCCUUCCAAGCAAUUUAACCGAAUCAUAGGAUGAAAGAAGAAGCACCGAAUCAUAGCUCUGGGAAUCAGAGGACAUCCCAAAAGCUGCACUUCUGGUAGAAGGAAGCGUCUCCUUGGAAUUGUGGGUGUGUGAUGCUAGAAUGUCUUCAUGUCAGGACGAUUGGUUUCUGAAAACGGGACGGUACCAAAAA